AUGCCAGGGAACCGAUGUUCCAAUUGCAUUGCGUAUAAUUUUGAAUGUACGUACAUAGAGGCUGCAAAGAAACGAGGUCCCCCAAAGGGAUAUGUCGAGAGCCUGGAGAAUCGUUUGGAGAAGAUGGAGAAGCUUCUGCAAAAGGUCUGCCCUGACGCCGACUUCUCUCAGGAGCUCGGAGGCGGUCCCUUGGACAGGGAAGCCUGGCAAAAAGGCAAUAUGAAUGGCUCAACCAGCCAUGUCAUGAGUCCCUAUGCUACCACUCCUCUCGAAGAUCUCGUAUCCAGCGAUGACGACGAGAUAGUUUCCGUCCGCCUCGCUGAUCACAUGCAGAACAUGUCUAUCAAUCCGAACUUAUCCCGUUUCUUUGGAAAAUCCAGUGGUGUGAUGCUAGUGCAAAAAGCUAUCGACCUCAAAAAGGAGUACAUUGGCGAUGAAGAUAUCCAACCUGAUCUCAGGCAACACAAAGGCCGCCCUGAGUUUCGUGGAACCUUCCCUUGGGAGCUGGCCGCGAAGGAUGAUGUUGAGCCGACCUAUAACUUUCCUGAGGAAGAUCUUGCUGCCUCCCUUGUCGACCUCUAUUUUGCUCACUAUAAUGUUCUAACUCCACUGUUGCACCGGCCAACCUUUGAGCGCAAGGUGGCGCAGGGGCUCCACCGCCGAAGCGCGCCAUUUGGGGCGGUAUAUUUAUUAGUCCUAGCUGUAGGCUCGCGCUUCUCUGAAGAUCGCCGCGUCUGUUUGGAAGGUCAGAGCGAACAUUCGUCAGGAUGGAAGUUCUUCGAACAGGUACAGAUGGUCAUGAAGACCUUGCUUGGGCCACCACGUCUGGAGGACCUCCAAGUGCAUUGUCUAUCUGUGAUUUACUUGAUGGGGACUUCGGCCCCACAGGCAUGCUGGACCAUCGUCGGAGUCGGUAUCCGUCUUGCGCAGGAUGUUGGUGCACAUCGCCGCAAGGCUUACAGCCAUAAGCCCAGUGUCGAAGAAGAGCUUUGGAAACGUGCAUUCUGGGUUCUCGUCAGCCUAGACCGAUUGGUGAGCUCAUCGUUGGGAAGACCAUGUGCGAUACAGGAUGAAGACUUCGAUCUCGACAUGCCUCUCGAAUGUGAUGACGAUUACUGGGAGCACUCGGACCCGGACCAAAUGUUCAAGCAACCUCCUGGCAAACCUUCUCUGAUAUCGCACUUCAUCAAUUUCCUGAAGCUUAACCACAUACUCGCAUUUGCCCUUCGCACUAUUUAUUCGAUCAACAAGCUGAAAGUACUGCUUGGCUUCGUUGGGCAACAAUGGGAGCAACAAACAGUUGCAGAGCUUGAUUCUGCGCUUAAUAAAUGGAUCGACGCUCUUCCUGAUCACCUCAGAUGGGAUCCAAAUAUGGAGAUUAAUGACUUUUUCCUGCAGUCAUAUUCCCUCUAUUCAAGUUACUAUCAUGUCCAGAUUCUCAUCCACCGCCCAUUCAUUCCGUCACCUCGAAAACCAUCUCCCUUAUCUUUCCCUUCCUUGGCGAUCUGUACAAAUGCCGCUCGAUCUUGCAGCCACGUCAUGGAUGUAUAUCGAUGUCGAUCUGGUAAGCCGGUGCCUUAUUCACAGAUGGCUGCGUUCACGGCGGGCAUUGUCUUACUUUUGAAUAUCUGGGGUGGAAAACGCUCUGGACUGUACACUGAUCCUACGAAAGAGAUGGCAGAUGUGCAUAAGUGCAUGUCUAUACUGAAGUCGUGCGAAAAACGCUGGCACACUGCUGGUCGUCUGUGGGAUAUCCUGUAUGAACUGGCAUCCGUCGGUGACCUUCCGCUGCCCCAGCCUAGUCCCUCUGGUGGAACAAAGCGUGAACGUGAUUCAGGUAGUCCAAUGUCUGCUCCGCCUACGACUUCACCAUCAGAGGUACCCCGUACUAUCGCAGGAUCACGCCGCGUCGGGCGCGACGCAGCUGCCCUCGCUCGCUCGAAGCCUUUGAGCUCAUUUGAUCUUCCACUCUACAGCAAUGAUCUUGGGCGCCUACCGCUCCAUGGACAACUGAACUUCCCUAACACGUCCGCAUCGCUUGGUUCAUCUAACACUGAUAUGUGGUAUUCUCACGGGGGUGGGAAUCCGGUGCAACCACACGCUACGCAGACUUCUAUGCAAAAUGUGACCCUGCCUCAAGAUUAUUCGCAGGCCGCUGUUCCUGCCGCGUACAGCGUGGAUGAUAUGUUCUAUGAGCAGAUGACCCAGUAUCCGGCGCAAUAUCAAUCAGGGACCUCCACUUCCUCACCUUAUGGUGAUGACCCUCAGGGGUUGCAGAGUCUGAUGGGUGGCAUACAUCAACACAAUGUACUUCAGCAUCCUGGGGCAAGCUGUUUUGACACGGACACGAUUGCCAUGUGGUCCAACGCUCCCACUGGUUUUGAGCUUAAUGACUGGGGAACGUACCUCACAAAUGUAUCUGGGAUGGUAAAUCCUGACGGUUCAGCCUCACACUCGAGGCAUGGACACUAA